AUGCUGUUGGGUUUUGCAGGUUCGAUGCCGAGCGUGCCGGUCGGCCUCUCUUAUCACGAGAUGUUCGCCGUGUCGCUUAACAGCCCGGCGUUAUGGAGAUGCCGCGCCUGCGGGAAGCAGGUGACCAAUCGUUGGCACCACUUCCACAUACACACCGCGCAGCGCUCGCUGUGCCCCUAUUGCCCGGCCACCUACAGCAGGAUCGACACUCUGCGUUCGCACAUACGCACCAAGCACAGGGAGAUGCUGUUCGCCGGGAAGGCGUCCUUGUAGAGGACGGUGAUUGCCUCGCGAAGGAAGCGGCCGCCGCCACUUCCGCCUCCGCGUCUGUUCUACGAGCGCCCAGUCGCGCCCUUCUUCGGCUUCGGGUUGCCCUGACCCCCGUCCCUCGAGUCGCCGGGACACCGGGGACCUGAGUAGUGCGGCGCUCUCGAGAGACAGGGUGUAGCGAGUGCUCCAUGAUUCCGGGUUCAAGGAGGCUCCGGAGAUUCGCGCAGAU